AUGCUUCCUAGCCCUGUUAUUUCUGCCUCCACCACGCCGUUCUCAGUCAAGGACAUACUGAAGCUGGAGCUUCAGCAGCAGUCUCAGCAGCAGCGGCUCGCCUCACACCUUGGGCCGCCCCACGAGUGCUCUCACCCGGUGUCGCAGCAGCACCGCUUCGCCCUCCAGUCGCCCCCGUCUUGUAUGCUGGCUGGCAGAGACAGGGACAGUCCCAGCCCCGGGCUCUUGGAGAGAGAGGCGAGGAUGUCCUACCUGGGUAGUCUGACCGUGCAGGAGCGGCUGAUGGAGACGGGUCUUGCCGGGGAGAUAUUCACUUCCCCGGGGCUACAGGGACACUCAGCCGACACCAGCCUGGAAGUUGAGCAGGAGGACAUAGACACCAAAUCGUGUGGCCUAAUAGGAGUGAGGGACUGCGAGGAGUCCACGCAGGUGCACUCGGACUUGGAGAAACCCCCAAAACAGCAAAGGGCCCGGCGGAAACCACGGGUACUCUUUUCCCAGGCGCAGGUGUUCGAGCUCGAGCGACGCUUCAAGCAGCAGCGUUACCUAUCCGCCCCGGAGAGGGAACACCUGGCCAACACUCUGAAACUGACCUCCACACAGGUCAAAAUAUGGUUCCAGAACAGGAGGUAUAAGUGUAAACGGCAGCGGCAGGACAAGAACCUAGAGAUGGCCGGACAUCCACACCAUCCUCCCCCGCCUAGGAGAGUGGCAGUCCCGGUGCUGGUGCGUGAUGGGAAGCCCUGCCUGGCUGGAUCUCAGAACUAUAAUACAUCCUACACUGUUGGAGCGGCCAGCCCCUAUAGUUAUAAUGGCUACCCGGCUUACAAUAACCCGGUGUAUACUAACACUUACUCAUGCACGUACUCUAGCCUGCCUGCUCUAGCGCCCAACACUACUGCUAACGCCUUUAUGAAUAUGGGUCUUGGGAACCUGGGCGUGUCGCAAUCUCAGGCCCAAACACCACAGGGAACAGCCUGCCAAGGAACUCUGCAGGGCAUUCGGGCCUGGUAG